GGGCGUCCGGUGCCGCAGAUGGCGUCCGCCGAGGAGGAGGAUGACGAGGACAUGGAGGGGGAGGACGACGACGACGCCGAGGACGAGGACGAGGACGACGACAGGCAGUCGCCGGUGUGCGUGCUCUGCGAGUUCGUCAUGAUGCAGCUGAAACUGAAGCUGGAUGACAACGCCACUGACGCGGAGAUCGAGGACGCCCUGAAGCACGUCUGCUCCUACAUGCCCAAGUCGAUCGAGGCGGACUGCGAGGGCUUCGUGGACGAGUACGGCGCCCCCGUGCUGGACGCCAUCAAGGCGGCCGUCGCUGACCCAGACACUGUCUGCGCCGAGCUCCAGCUGUGCACCGCCCAGCGAGCGCCGGUCGGGCGUCGGACGCUCUCCGACACCAGCAGAUGCGGCGAGUGUCAGCAGAUCGCCGGCUACGCCGAGCUGCUCCUGACCGACGCCGACCAGCCAGUGACGUCAGAGCAGCUGUGCCGUCUUCUGCCGGUCGAGCGCCGCGCCAAGUGUGAGCAGCUGGUGGAGUGGUACGGGCCGUGGGUGUUCAGCCAGCUGAGUCAGUUGGUCUCCCCCCGGGAUGUCUGCAUCGGUAUCGACCUGUGCCCCCGGCCGCCUGGCACGGUGCACCUGAUGGGGGGCGAGCGCUGCCAGUGGGGCCCCGACUACUUCUGCCAGGAUGAGUUCCACGCCAGGGCCUGUAACGCCCUGCAGCACUGUGUGGAGCACGUCUGGGAGCAGGUCGAGCCGGACAUGCCCUGAGGCGCCGACACCGGGAGCGGUCCUCAGCGCUGCCAGCCGUCGCUCGCCACCGGCUUGGCUCGGCUCGGACCGGCUCGGACGGAACGGAACCGGCAAAGACCGCGAUAUAGCCUACUGCUGUUUACCGUGUAGGACCUCCUAGGGACCCAAAUACAUGCGUGCCUUAUCGAAGCAAUCAAAAUCGAAACACUAACUUGUGUGAAACGGCGUGCCUCAUGCACAGAAAGUAAAGCUGCGUACGCAUAAGCUUCUGUACUUUUGGGCAUCGGGCGUCACAGCAUCCGUCGACAUGGUGGGAAUCAAAUUCGUUUCGAACCGCCAUUCGCCACGAGUUUGUGGGUGCAAAUGUAGCCAAUGCUUGUC